CAUCCUCUGCACCUGUUCUGUUCCGGUGGUAGGAUUUGAACAGAGGGACAAACGAUGUCAUAUCCAACAGUUCCACAAAAGCUGUCAUGGUUCAGAGCACACACUGACAGUAAAACCAGCGGAGGAGCUCUCUGACAGAACACAUUGUCUUCUGCUCAGUAGGAAAUUUCAGACAAAUCCCUCUUAGAUGCAGGUGGUUGGGCACAAGCAAAGAGUUAAGUUCCCUGGUUUCCCUUUGCUCCUCCUCUUUGAUGUUCUGACAUCAUCGGUCCUGCCCCCUGAAAGAUCCCCUUCCUCAUCCUCAGUGCCUGUCACUUCCAGUCUGGAUUGUUUGUGGAAACUUCACGAGCAGCAUCAGGAGCAGGUGUUUAUCCGCAGAACAAAGUCAUGCUUUGAAGAAACUUUCAGUUCAGGGAUCACAGUGGAUGCCACAGGUGUAGCCGCUGGGCUCGACAGAGUUAUGGCGGUUCAAACUGCAAUCAUGAACCCUCAGUUUAUGAGUUUUUGCUUCCCCGAUUCUGUGAUGGAGUACGACGUGGAAAAGAGUCUGGAUGGGAGUCUCCUGUGCGAGGCAGAGAACGACGAAGACUUCAAAGAGACCACCAGGGACCUGCUGAGCUUCAUAGACUCAGCCUCCAGCAACAUCAAGCUGGCUCUGGACAAGCCGGUGAAGUCCAAAAGGAAAGUCAACCACCGGAAGUAUCUGCAGAAGCAGAUCAAACGCUGCACUGGUAUUAUAACACCAGGGAACACAUCAGAAGCCCCGGUGAAAAGACAGGGUUCCCCGGUGAGUCAGCAGGGCCCUUUGCAGAGUAAAACUCUACAGAAACGAGAGGGGGGUCAGGCCAACUUGCAGAGCAAGAGCCUGGCUGCUCUCUUCAGCCCUGUGAAGGAAAUAAGGGGGGAGAAGGCAAAGAAGCCCCCCAUGAGGCACCGUAAUCUGCCUCCAUCUUUCUUCACCGAGCCUGCCAACUGCUCCAGAGUUAGCUCCACGUCUGGGAUGACGCUGAAGGACUUGGAACGAGGCAACCCGGAGGCCGCAGACUUCUUUGAGCUUCUGGGGCCCGACUACAGCAACAUGGUGAACGAGCAGGACAUUUAUCAGGGCGUGCCUUUGAGGGGGCAGCCGGACCUGGGAGGCCUGGACCCUGCUUCCUAUGACCAUUUAGUUGGUGGUCUCCUCUACACCGAACCCUGGACUAACUGCUCUGGACCGUGUAAAAAACCCUCGGAGGGUCUGCGGACAGGUCCACCGCAGCCUCCAGUCUACAGUCAGGCUGAGGACACUUCUGUGCCCUUAGACGACAACGGACUGUGCACUUUGACCUUUCCUAACUUCUUCCCAGACUGCUCCAUAUCUCAGGUUACCUAUGACUUAAAUGGUGGAUAUAACAAAACUAAUUUUUCAUGUCUAUGAGAAACUGAAAAGCUUGCAGACGGUUCUAACAGUAGAAGAAGACACUUUGAUUUUCAUUAACAUUGCAACUGGGACGCCGUUUUCAUGUUGCGUCUAUGAAAAACCCAUUUUACAAAACAUCAAAAGCUUCAUGUGUGGAUUUUUUUUCCAUCUCAGGCAAUUAACAAAGACUUUCUGAAAGGAUCUAAUUGUGAGGUGACAGUGAUGUUUAUCCUGCAUCAGUUUGUCCUGUAGUGGCUGAUAUUAACAGUGACGAAGCUGAACUAAACAACAGAUGCACUUUUCCAACUUUAUUAGUAAAGGUCUGUGCAGCAGCACAGAAAGGGGGAAACUAAUUAUUGCUAAAACAAUGACUCCGUGUUUUUGUCUGCCAGAAAUUUAUUCAGAAUUUACUUUCAGCUGGUCGACUGAACACUUUUCGUCCCCUUUUGGGAAGGCAUUUAUUGUAUCUAGCUAUUGUAACAGGACAAAAUAAAGCUGGUCUUUAUUGGUG